UGAUCUUGCAUGAAGACGCAUCGCACUGCAGAAAUACGCAACAAUGAAGUUUGAGAACGUUCUUGAUGAUAUUAAUGGAUUUGGAAAAUUUCAGAUAAUGAUUAUUGCAAUCAACUUCCUGGGUCGCUUCACGCUUCCUUGCCACUUUAUGCUGAACAAUUUUAUCGCAGCAAUACCAGCUCAUCACUGUGACAUCAGCUUGCUGGAUGAUUUUCUGAAUUUAUCUCAGACAGAAAGAGUUACUGUGAGUAUCCCAGUCGAGACAGAUGGCAGUCCCAGCUCCUGUCGGAUGUUUGCACAGCCUCAGUAUCACCUGUUGCUCAACUCUUCUGAUGUUACUGAUGCGUCCACUGUGCCGUGCCAGAAUGGAUGGGUGUACGACAACACAACCUUCAAAUCAACAAUAACCUCAGAGUGGGACCUUGUGUGUGACAGAAGAGGUAAAAACAAAGCAACAGCCACCAUCUUCUUUGUUGGAGUAAUGUUUGGAGCCAUAGCCUUUGGAAGUCUAAGUGACAGGUUUGGCCGCAGGAUCAUGCUCCUGGUGUCAUAUGUAUCUGGCAUGCUGUUUGCUGUAGCAAGCGCCUUUUCUACAACCUAUGUGAUGUUUGCGGUGUUGAGGUUCUUCACCGGAUUCUGCAUCACUGGCAUUGUCAUCGUUUCCUCCGCUCUCUGUGUGGAGUGGGUGGACAUUGAACACAGGAAACUGGUCGGAGUCAUCGAUAGUUUAUCCUGGACAUUUGGCAACACGGUAUUUGCAGCAAUUGCUUACUUUGUGACUGACUGGCGUUGGCUCACUCUAAGUGUUACAUCACCUUUAAUCUUGGCCAUCAUCACUUGGAGGUGGAUGCCUGACUCAGCGAGGUGGCUCAUUGCUAAUGGAAAAGUGGAGCAGGCUCAGACAUACCUGAAGAAAUGUGCCAAGAUAAAUCAAAGAGAAGAUUUCAUUCACACACUAAAAGCAGAGACCUUAUCCACCAUUGUAGACAAGGGGGCAAGAGGACAAACUUAUACGUACCUUGACUUGAUUCGAACACCUAAGAUGAGGAAACUAGCUCUGCGAACUGGCCUCUUAUGGUUUUGUAUUGCUUCAAAAUUUUACGGCAUCAGCUUCAACAUCUCGGGCAUUGGCUUGAAUAUCUACCUUACUCAAUUUACCUAUGCUGUAAUUGAGGUCCCAGCCAAACUAUCAGUUUACUAUUUGCUGGAUAAAAUCGGCAGGCGCAGCACUGAGGUGGGAGCUUUGUUGUUAUCUGCACUCUGCCUUGGAAUCAACAUUGUCAUGCCGAAAGAUAUGUCCACGGCCAGAACAGUUGUUGCCAUUGUUGGCAAGGGGUUUUCUUCAGCUUCGUUUGGAACGGUUGUGCUGUACAGUUCAGAGCUGUAUCCAACUGUAGUUAGACAAAAUGGAAUGGGCUACAACUCCUUUAUGGCUCGGUUUGGCGUUGCUGUAGCUCCUCUGAUCCUGUUGCUAGAUGAGGUUUGGAAGGAACUUCCACAGGUGGUCUUGUUCUCAAUAGCUCUUCUGGGAGGACUGGUGGCAAGAACUUUGCCAGAGACACGCAACAGGUGUCUGCCAGAGACAAUUGAAGACAUUGAAGGAACGCAGUUUAAUACUAAUCAGAAAGCGUAAAUAUUUUCAUGGAAAAUGCAAACUGAAUAUUGACAGCUUGAUUUGUGCAAAUUUGUCUGCAAUUGAAUGGUGAUACGUUUUAUUUUGAAAAGUUGACAUUUUAAGAUUAAAAGUAGGUUUUGCUUGGUAAUGCCAGCCAAUAAAGGAUCUUGA